AGCAGCAGCAGCAGCAGCAACAACCAAGUCAUGCUGCUCACCACACCGUCCAUCCCGCCCUUCAUCCCUCCCUGCAGCAACACCAAUCGGCUCAGCACACCCCGAUCGCUCACUCGCCUUCACCCACCGACUUCGACUUUGUCUCCCCCGCGACGACAAGCUACCUCCCUACCCCUCCUCAAGCCAUCACACCCGCUGCAGGCGGGCCUGUGGUGGUCCCUCCCUAUCCCUCGGCCAUUUCCUACUCGCACGCCCAAGCGGCUGGCCUCUUUCCGGAGUGGAAUGGCAGUCCCGUUUCUUCAAUUUCGCGACGCACUAGUGUCGUCGCUUCGCCAAGCUACCAGCCUGCCGUCGCUUCCUCGGGACAUGUACCACAACAGCAAGAUCGUCGCACCAGCGAUGUGGUCAUGGGCAGGCGACCCAGUGACAAUGGGGCCGUGGCAGCUCGUGUCGACGCCCCUCAUCCCGUCCCAAUACAAGACGACGGCCGUGCCGGCGUCGAAGAUCCCUGCUCGGAACGAUCCUACUCGGAGCUCAAGGUCCUAGGAGACGGAUCAUUCGGCACAGUCUGGCUCUGCGAUUGGCACUCGCCGGUCAAGUCGGGCAUCCUCCUCUCGGCCAUGCAAUGCGGUGCGGGCGCACGGCCAGAAUGGGCUGGGAAGCGUCUCGUCGCGCUCAAGCGCAUGAAGCGCGUAUGGGAAGGUGGUUGGCGUCAGGCACGCAACCUUGGCGAGCUGGUCUCUCUCCGAACCAUUCCUGCUCACCCCGCCGUCAUUCCCCUCUAUGACGCCUUCAUCUCGCCACGGUCACGAGAGCUCUACUUUGUCUUUGAGUGUAUGGAGGGUAACCUCUAUCAGCUCACAAAGUCUCGCAAAGGCCGACCUCUGGCCGCGGGGCUUAUUGCAAGCUGCUUCCAUCAGAUUGUUACGGGCCUUUUCCACAUCCACCAACAUGGCUACUUCCACCGAGACAUGAAGCCAGAAAACCUCCUGGUUACCACGACUGGCCUGUGCGAUUAUCUCUCUACACCAGCCCUCAAUCAUCUCAACAAACAGCGGGCUGCAGGGCAUCCCGAAGACGCUCCCAUGCCGUCACUCAAUCCCGAGGCGUUUGAAAAGGAUGUGCAGGUCAUCGUCAAGCUUGCAGACUUUGGUCUCGCGCGAGCAAUUGACUCGAAACCCCCGUACACCGAGUACGUGUCGACCCGAUGGUAUCGCGCACCAGAGGUUUUACUGCGCUCCACCGAGUACGGCGCACCAGUCGACAUGUGGGCGCUUGGCACAAUCCUAGCCGAGAUGAUCAACCUCAAGCCUCUCUUCCCGGGUAUCAGUGAGAUUGACCAGGUAUUUCGCAUCUGCCAGACGCUUGGAGACCCUAGUCCGGACUAUGGUGUCGACGAUCGCGGUCGACCUUUCGGCGGUGGCCGAUGGAACUCUGGCGUCAAGCUUGCCAAGAACGUUGGCUUCUCGUUCCCAAAGGCCAAGCCAGUCAACCUGCGCAAUCUUUUCCCCGAGGAGACACCACGGUCCCUCGUCGAGUGCAUCGAGGACUUGCUCAGGUACAACCCAAAGCACCGCAUGACUUCGGCGCAGUGCAUGGACCACGCCUACUUUCACGAGACCCGGACGCAUCUUCAGCGCAUGCCAGCGCUACCUCGCAUCGCCUUCAGCGAAGGUCAGCCUCUACCCCAGUCUCGUCCCAAUCCCGUUCCUGUCGACGUUCAGCCCAGGCAAAUGCCUGCAUCGCAUUCGCACCAGGAGCGUCACCCGCAGUUCCCUGCUGCCGACAUGCGCACCUUGCCUCUUCCUCACGAUCAACGCGCGCACGUGCCAAAUGGGCACCCAGUGGCGCCGCAGAACUUGCAGCAGCCACUACCGCCACAACAGUCGCAGCCUCUACCGCCACAACAGUCGCAGCCACUCCCUCCGCAGCCGCAGGUGCAACAGCAGCAGCAGCCGCCGCCGCCGCCACCGCAACAGCGUGUUUACCUCAACCAGCCGCCUGCCUUGUUCCGCCGAGACUCGUCCGAGCCUCGAAGUGCGUACGGCACGUCGGCGCUCGUGCACCAGUUGCGGGAGCUCGACCUUCCUACCGAAGACCUGGCCAGCUAUGGGCAGCGUCGUUGGGCCGAAGAGCAGGCAAGCCGGCGCGCGUCCGAGGCCGCGUUGUCUGCCUAUGACAACAACACGCCGGGCUCUGCAACCAAUUCGAACCAGUCCUUGUCGAAUCUCAACUCUGCUCUCUCGCAGACAAACAUUCAACAACAGUACCCGGUUCCCAGCAAUGCCGCAGUGUCGCAGUCGAGUGUCCACCGUCUGGAUCGGUACUCGCCAAACCCAAUGGUUGCCGCAUACGUUCAACAGCAGGGUGCCCAACUGUAUCAACAGCAACCGAUGCCCAUGCAGUUGCCGCCCGAGCACCAGCAGCAUCAACAGCAACUGCAGCCCCAGGUCUCGAGCGCGUCGAUACCGAGCGUCCAUUCCAGUCAAUCGUUGCCAGCAGCUCCUGCGGCGCAAAGCGUCAGCAAGCUGGCGCCGUCUGGCAAGAAGAAGAAGUGGGGCCUCAGCUCUGUCUUCGGCGGCAACGGCAAGCAUGAUUCCUCACCACAGGUGCCAGAGUACGAGCAGCCUGGCUACCCUGUUUCUUCAUUGAAACGGACGCAGUCUGGGCACCAUCCUGCGGAACGUGCAAUGGCACCCAUGCAGCCCGUGCAGGCCCCUCCUGCCGACCCCAAGAAGGCAAAGAAGGAAGCCGAAAAGCAGGCUCGUGAGCUCGCCAAGGCUAAGCGCGAGGCUGCCGAGCGCGCACAACAGGAACGAGCUCGCGCAGUCUUGGCGAAGCGUGGCCAAAUCGCGGCUGGCGGUGAGGAGUGGGAAAGUGCUGGCGUUGGAAUCCCUACCACGACGGCCAAGGACCGCUCUGAUAUCCGGGCUGGAGGCUUCGGCACGGCAUCCGUUCACUCCCUUGCGUCUGUGCGCAGUCAGGCUAGCCACCACUCCAUCUAUGGUCAUGGUGGCGGCAAGGCAUAUGAGGACGACAUCGGACGCAACAAAGCGCGCAAGCACACUGAGGAUGACGACCAUAGCAGCAUCGGCCGUGGUUCGUCAAUUAAGAGCCGCAGCGCCCUCACGCUUGAUAGCGACACUGGAUCACGCCGCGGGAGCCAGCCCUGGUUGGACCCUCUGGUUCAGAGCAACUCGCGCCGUGGAGGCAUGCCAUCUUCGUACCGCCACCCCACGCAUAUGUCGCACGGAUCAUCGGCGUCGCUCGAGUCGCAGCUCGCCUCUCAGCUUCAGCGCCAGGCAACCGUUGCCUCGGCAUCCGAGUCCUCGCUGUCCUUGGGCCGACGUACAGGGAUGGCUGUUGCAUCUCAGCUCAGCCUCGAUGGCAACAUGGACAUGGGGCCAGGUAGCCACAGGGUCCGAACCAGUGACUCCUCCGGUCAGUUUGGCGCUCCGUCUUAUGCUUCUUCACACGGGGGGAGCGUCAAGCGCAGUGCCAACGGCCGCAAGUCGGUUCUGCCUAGCAUCGGCGACUAUGGCGAAGGCCACUACGAGCAGAUCAACCCCAUGUUCAGAGUUCCUGCUCAAGCAGCACACACGCAAUCGCAAGAGGUGCUCACGACAUUGCCGCCGUUUGCGACCAUUGCCAACAUGGCUGGGUCUCACGGACAGCAGCACCCGUCGCAACAACAACAGCACCAGCAGCAGCAGCGCUAGUUACAUUACUGUGGGCGCAAUCCAAACCACCACACCACACCACACCCACCUCUCAUCCGGAACGCCAUUCUCCAACACCAGCAAGCCAAAAAUCACGGUCCACCAUCCUCGCAUCAUUGUUACCGCACCGCAUCGGUUGUGCCACAGCCAAAUCCAUCCAAUUUUUUCUCAUUUGUUAGCACUGGAUGUCACCAUCGCAUGUAUACUUUGUCGUCG